CGCCGGAGAAUCCAUUUGCUGUCGAUAGCUAAGCUGCUGAAAGUUGUGUAACAAGGAAAACAAAAGGACACAGCUCGUGGGAGGACUCGUUCAUUCACGUUAUAUAGAGGGUCUGUCCUCAUACGUCCGCCCUCCAAAUCUUUAUUUUGAAUCAUCAUUCAGUAAAAAUGUUCUCACUGUCAACAUCGUUUCAGCCACAGCAGAUGAUAGUGCCCCUCAGCCAGCUCAUCAAUGCCCUCCACUCUCUGAAGAACUCGGCUACAGCUUCAGUCCAGGCCCUGCACAAAGACUUCACUCCAGAGCACAGUUCAUUUCUCAAAGAGCCCACUGUGAGUCUGAGGGACCUUGGCCUUUCGGAUAUCAGGGUGAGUCAGCUGGAUGAGCUGGUCAGCAGGUUACUGCCUAUACCAGGACCAGAAAAACCUCCUGCUGUUCCUUCGACAUGGAGGACGAGUCACAUUUCUGCAGACAGCUUCUUUCACAACAAGCAUGGGUUUUCACACAGAAGGUUGGGGGUUUUUGGUUCCCCAAUAUUCCACAGACAAUACCAUAGUCCUCUAAAAGAAGUUUGCUCACAAGUACAAUUCUUACCUGUAUGGGUCCAGAGUCGGGGUUUCAAGACACUCAGAUCAAAGACCAGACGGAUGGAGUCUGCUUAUGAGGGUCCAGUUGAGACUGAGGCCUACACACCAGCUUUCAUGAAGGGGUUCCUCCAGAGGGACAAGGGACCAGAUGUUCAGUCACUGGACCAAGUGACAAAACAAAAGAACCUUCCAGAAAACCAGCAGGAGGCUUUCAAGACCGGUUUCACUGAGGGCUUCAUGAGGUCUCAGGCCUUUACUCAGAGAACACAAGACUCUCUGAGGAGAACCAGGUUGAUCCUGUUGGUCCUCCUACUCAUUGGUAUUUAUGGCCUGUCAAGAACCCCGUUUCUCUCGGGUAAAGGCUCCUUUUCUGACGCUGUGAGGUUCCGCACCACAUCUGGUCUGGACUCAGCCGUCGACCCCAUCCAGAUGAAGAAUGUGACAUUUGAGCACGUCAAAGGAGUGGAGGAGGCAAAGAAUGAACUACAAGAUGUUGUCGAGUUUCUCAAGAACCCACAGAAGUUUACUGUUCUGGGUGGAAAGCUGCCUAAAGGGAUCCUCCUCAUUGGUCCACCAGGCACGGGAAAGACUCUGUUGGCACGAGCCGUGGCGGGAGAGGCUGAUGUGCCUUUUUACUACGCCUCCGGAUCAGAGUUUGAUGAGAUGUUCGUGGGUGUCGGUGCGGGUCGCAUCAGGAACCUUUUCAAGGAGGCAAAAGCCAACGCUCCCUGUGUCAUCUUCAUCGAUGAGCUGGACAGCGUUGGAGGGAAGAGGAUUGAGUCUCCUAUGCAUCCUUACUCCAGACAAACCAUUAACCAGCUGCUGGCUGAAAUGGAUGGGUUUAAACCAAAUGAAGGAGUCAUUGUCAUUGGUGCUACAAACUUUGCUGAGGCUCUGGAUAACGCUCUGGUAAGACCUGGGAGGUUUGACAUGCAGGUGACGGUACCUCGCCCAGAUGUGAAAGGACGCACUGAAAUUCUCAACUGGUACCUCUCCAAGAUUAAAGUGGACUCUGCCGUGGAAGCGGAGAUUAUUGCCCGGGGCACAGUGGGAUUCUCUGGUGCAGAGCUCGAGAACCUGGUGAACCAGGCAGCCCUGAAGGCGGCCGUGGACGGGAAAGAGAUGGUCACAAUGAAGGACCUGGAGUUCGCUAAGGACAAGAUCCUCAUGGGCCCGGAGCGGAGGAGCGUUGAAAUCGACAAGAAGAAUAAGACCAUCACCGCCUACCACGAGUCCGGCCACGCCAUCGUUGCCUAUUACACCAAAGACGCAAUGCCCAUCAAUAAGGCCACUAUCAUGCCCAGGGGACCAACUCUUGGCCAUGUUUCCAUGCUCCCAGAGAACGACCGCUGGAGUGAAACGAGAGCCCAGCUGCUGGCUCAGAUGGACGUCAGUAUGGGCGGUCGAGUAGCAGAGGAGCUGAUCUUUGGAGACGACUACAUUACCACUGGAGCAUCCAGUGACUUCGACGGUGCAACCAAAAUAGCGAAAAUGAUGGUGACCAGGUUCGGCAUGAGUGACAAGCUCGGCGUCAUGACCUAUGGCGACAUGACCAAGCAGAGCCCCGAGACGCAAGCUGCCGUCGAACAGGAAGUCAGGGUUUUACUGAAGGACUCGUAUGAACGUGCUAAAAACAUCCUGAAGACUUACAGUAAAGAGCAUGAGAAGCUAGCUGACGCCCUGCUAACAUACGAAACUCUGGAUGCCAAAGAGAUCAAGAUGGUGCUGGAGGGCAAAUCACUGGACCACUAGAUACCUCAGUAGACAUUUUAGACUCUUGUAACAUGUAUAUAUAUAUGAAUCUGUGCAAUCAGGCACAGGCCUUUUGGAGGCCUUGUAUUUCAUUUAUUUGUAUCCCCUCUUAUUAUCAACAUGACGAUGACACUGAAAUUAUUGUUUCACCCCCUUUAUAUAAAUUUUUAUCUCAUUAAUUGUCAUUUGUUUUUGAGAUUUCAAACAGAGACUUUUGGUUUCAUAUUGAUAUUUUUUUUUUUUUUUAAAUCACUUCACAGUUAAAUUGAUUAAAAAAAAAAAAACAACAUGUUCAUCACAAGUUUGUCAACUACAAUUCACAAAAGAUGUUUGGGGUUUCGUUAAGGGCAUGUUGUCCGUUACCGUCAAGGCAAAUGACUUCUGAAGCAGUUUUAUGCAUCAGAGUCAUAUUUGCUAUCAAAGCCAGGUUCUAAGACAAAUCAACUGGACACAGAUCAUUGUUAAUUAGUAUGAAAGAUAUUAAUUUCACUUAUGUCUCUAUGUCUCAUUUUAAACUUGUACAGACCAGUGAACACCAUAGGACCUUAAAGUACCUCAAUUUAGAAUGUACCAUUUGGCUGUUGCAAGGUACAGGUGAUAACGCUGUCAAUUGUCAAAUACUUCAUAUUAGAGUUUUUUUUUUCUCUUUAAAUGAUGUAUUUCAGUUACAUUUACCAUAUGCUAUCUAUGUUCUUAUUUAUUUAAGUGCCCAAAGGUGUGUCCUCUUUCUGAAAUUAGCGAUAGGCCCUCACGUCCUAUUCUAAGCUCAUCUGUAACUGAUGAAUGAGGGGAAAAUGUGUAUAUACUGUAAGAGUGUAAAAGGAUUGGCUUUGCGCUUCUGUUUGUUCCUUUAGAAAAAAGGCCUUCUUGAAGCUCAAAUAAAGGUUACUCUUCCUCAUGAA